GCUCAUAGUACAUAUUACAGCGGAAAGUUGAAACUUCUUUCUCUUUCUGACUUUGUGAGGCAACGUAUCAGGCAGUGCGUGCUGCCGUCCAAGUUGAGUUUUUGUUAACUCGGUAUUUUUCACUUCUAUGAGUGCCUUGCCGGGUCGUGCAGUAUCAGUACUUGUCCCUCAGUGCAGAUAGUUAGACACUUGUUUUUCAGCCCUUUAAGUAGCAAGUAUCACAAGAUGACUUGAAUCUAUGCGACAGGGGGCUCAGAGUGAGCGUUUUUAACACUACGCAAAAUGUUGUCGUCUCUACCGCAGCCCAGUUUGCACCUGGGUCUGCGUAUCCUGCUGUCGCUGUCGCAGUUUCCUGCGGGUACCUUGAUGCUGCUGGACGGGUUUGGAUUCCCCGGCUAUUCCUGCAAUAACGGUUUGGAAGACCCGGUGUUUUUUUGGAUCCCGCAAUACUUUUCGAGCUACGCGCGCGAGCAGACCGGGAAAACAGCCUUUGGCGGGAUCAAGACCGCACUCUUGCCCACGCAGGCGGUCAACAAUUUCGAGCGGAGCACGCAACAAUUCAACGCCUUUGUUCGGCGGCAGCAACUCGGGGCGUAUGAAGUGCAACUGACCGAGCCGGCAUUCAAAAUGUUUCUCGGGCUCUGCAAAACCUCUGCGGUGGUGGCUUUUUGGACCCACCCACUACUCGGCUUGGAAAAGCUCGCCACCGUUUGUUUGGCAAUAAUGAUGGUUCUGGUUUCCGUAGCACACGCGGUUAACGGGGACGAAUUCCUGUAUGAAAGUGUCAGAAUCGAAAUUGACAAAAUCGAAAAAUUUGUGUUGCAUAAAAUCGAUACCAGUUGGAGCCUCAGUCUGUAAGUGGCGUAUGACAAAUUUCGGGAGCACCCAAAUCCAGUCUGUCGUGCUGUUUGGGCAAAGAACACUGCUCCUGUCGUGCUACUCUGGCAGCACAUUGCAUAUGUGCCCCUUCUAAAGACGCUUGCAAUCGGUCUCAUUUGCCUGCUCCCCAAUACAGGCCUCCAGUGCCCUACACUUUAUGCAUCACAAAUUUUUCGAUUUUAUCGAUUUCGAUCCUGACACACCCAUAUCCUACUGGCCGGACUGAACGCGGGGGCCUGCUUAUCGUGAGUAAAAACAUCCUAGCCGGCAUAGUCGACAUGGUUGAUAUGCGGCAAGACAAAUCGUGGAGCUCUGGAUCUGGAAGAUGUUGUGCAUGACAAGUUUCGGGACGCAGCGUAGAAAUAAAAAUCGUGUUUAGCUUGCGCGGACGCGGCAGCCCUAAGCCUCUUCCUUCUGAUGAUUUGAGCAACACAAACUCGAAAACGCCACUACCAAACGCCCGGUAUGACGCUCCGCAUAGGAGAUCGAUGCUCUGAGUAUGCGAAUUUGCAUGACAGCUUCGGGUCGCAGACGUUUUUACCCAGGAUGCUGCUUCCUAAAGCUUGUGACCGCCUCGUCGAGCGACCAGCGAUUUAUCACGCGGGAACGCAGCAGCGGGGCGACGCCACGGAAGAAAAGCAACCAAGCCCCGAAAACAAGAACUAGCAGCAGAAGUAGCGCGGGGCGGGGAAAGAAAAAGCAGUAAGAAGAGGCAGGACUGUCGAAGCGCAUUGAGAUGCUCCUGCGAUGUAGCAUUUUGAUAAGUUGAUAUGCUCUCACGACUUCUUGUCGCAUGCUCUCACUGGCCGGGGACAAAAGACAGCUUUGCUUGUUUUAUUCACUCGCACAGAUUCCUGCACGACUAAGGAAAUACUGUGUACAAUUUACGCCUUCACUUGACGUGUGGAAGUAUCGAGACGGAGCAUAUUUAGAACAACAU